AUGAAGCCAGCCAUGGAAACUGCAGCAGAGGAAAACGCGGAACAAAGCCAAGAGAAAAAAGUGAUCACCAGACCAGAAAUGGAAAUUGGCAGGUACCACUGGAUGUACAGGAGUUCAAGGCCACACCGGUACCAUCAUGUGCCAGCAUUGAGAGGCAAUGUUAGUCCUUUGGGGAUUCAAGGUUGCUUUGAAUGUUGCAUUAAGUGCCUAGGAGGAGUGCCAUAUGCUUCGCUGGUGGCAACCAUUCUCUGCUUCUCGGGGGUCGCCUUGUUCUGUGGCUGCGGCCAUGUGGCGCUCACAGGCACCGAGUCCAUCCUUGAGCAGCACUUCUCCACGACUGCCACUGACCAUGCUUUGCUGAGUGAAGUAAUACAGCUAAUGCAGUAUGUAAUUUAUGGCAUUGCAUCGUUUUUCUUCUUGUAUGGAAUAAUCCUUUUGGCAGAAGGCUUUUAUACAACAAGUGCUGUGAAGGAGCUGCAUGGAGAGUUUAAAACAACAGCCUGUGGCCGCUGCAUCAGUGGAAUGUUUGUUUUCCUCACCUAUGUGCUUGGAGUGGCCUGGCUCGGGGUCUUUGGCUUCUCUGCUGUGCCUGUCUUUAUGUUCUAUAACAUAUGGUCAACUUGCGAAGUCAUCAAAUCUCUUCAGAUAAACAUGACGGUUCCAGGAGACCAGAUCUGUGUGGAUAUCAGGCAAUACGGUAUUAUCCCAUGGAACGCUGUACCUGGCAAAGCCUGCGGUCCGAUCCUGGAGAACAUCUGCAACACAAAUGAGUUCUACAUGUCUUACCACCUGUUCAUUGUGGCUUGUGCUGGAGCUGGUGCCACUGUCAUAGCAUUGAUCCACUUCCUCAUGAUACUGUCUUCUAACUGGGCCUACUUAAAGGAUGCAAGCAAAAUGCAGGCCUACCAAGAUAUCAAAGCAAAAGAAGAGCAGGAGCUUCAGGAUAUCCAGUCUCGGUCAAAAGAGCAACUCAAUUCUUACACAUAAAUGGUUGCCACAGUAAUUCAGCAGAAGAAUUCUGUAGCUCUGACAAAUCAACAAAUAGCUGCUCUGCAGUAAGAUGUGUGUCUACCAAACAAAAUUAUAGAGAAGUGUAAAAGCUUCACGUUGGAACCCUGGAACACGUUCGUAGGGAAAUGUUCCCAUGGGUAAUCUUCCAUCCUUUCAUACAGAGAAUGGAGGUUUUAUUCCAGGCAUUUUAAAAGGCAACACUUCACAAUGAGUGACCAAAUUAUUCUUCGAGACUUUUGAUAUUUGCUAUUUGACAUGCAGUGUGAAGUCCUGCACAAAACUGUGGCGGGUGCUCCAAGCCAGCAAGCAGUAGGGAUUUGUGCAGCCCUUAGACACAGGCACGUGUAAGACGUGUGAUUUAGGAUCUCGGUUUAUACACCACACGAAUCUGCGGCUGGAUGCGAUUUCUGACAGCAGCGUGUGCUCAUUGGAAAGCACGGCUGUUGCAGCACUUCCUAAGCUGUAAUAGGGCACUCUGAACACUCUUUACACGGGCCACAGGAACAGCCAUCUACUUUUGUGCCACACUUUUUUACGAUGCAGCAGUCGCUCCCCUGUGCUUACCCGAGUGUUGCGCAGCUGUCCCAAGUGUUAAUCUUUUUAUUAACUAUUUAAUGGAAUGUAGACGCUUGGAUCUGGAUAAUGAUCCCCUUCUUUGAAAAUAAAUGUCAGCUUUGCCUUAAUAUUUAUUUUCUAUAAAUGUCUUAGCAUUUAUAUAGUGGCAGGAGACCAUUAUCCUACAUUGUAAGUGAAAAGUGUUACCUUAUUAAAAUGACGCUGAUGUGACUACUCCAAAUGAGCAGAUGAGAAAGUUUGCAGAGUUUGACACAAACAGUAACGACGACAGCCAUAAAACAGAACACAGGAUGUCCACCUUUCUCUAUCUUGGUGCUUAGCAAAUUUAUAGUCAGUGCUUACGUGUUUUCCUUUUUACAAAUUCAUUAGCACAUUAAGAAAAAGUGGUGUUCAGAAAACGACGACACAAACCGGUGCCAUCUUAAAGUCAUUUCCCAUAGAAGUCUGCCUUCUAAUUAAUAUGUUUUAUUUCAGAAGCUUUCAGUGAUAUCUUGAGUAUUAGUGAUGGUAUAUUUGGUGUUUGUUCUAUAUGAUAUAUAUAUAUAUAUAUAUAAAUGUUGGGGGAAAAGUAAAAUGCAUCAUUCGUUUGGGGGAAAAAAAAGAGUAUUUGAGUCAUACCCAUGUUAUGCUGACGUGUGGUUCGAUAGUUUUGACUGCUUGCUGAGUAUAAGUCAAAGGAAGCACAAAAUUUCCUGAAGUCAGAUUUAAAAGAGGCAUUUUUUUGGGGGGAGGGGUGUUAACUGCAAAUAUAAUUUCUUUUUUGUUAAAUAUUGAAGUCUGAUUUUACAGUUUAAAAGGGGGUCAGAGUUGGUCAGUGUAGAGCAAAUAUGACAAAUAGCCUAGUGUAUGUUCUUACCUGUUGCAUGAAGGAGACAUUUCUACGGCAAUGCAGGUGAUGUUCUAGCCCAGUGUUUGCAUAAGGGUAAUAAUGGAGGCAGUGUCUUAAAGCCUAAUUCUUUUCUAAUUCAGUGUAGCUAUUACUGGGAGUUUUUGAAGUUUUGUUUAAGUAGUCUAAUAUUUUUAUGUAAAGAGCAUUAAAUUUUGCUAUGUAUAAAUUUUUGUAACCUAACAGUGAAUCAAUAUUUUCUAUCAGUGCCAAGGGCUUCCUGUAGUUACAUCCAAGUGUUAAAAUAAAUAUUUGUAGAUAAUAGACAACACUCGUGGUAUGCUUAUUUUAAACAGACCCGUAGCUACUCUAUACCAGCGCGUCUGUUUUAUUAUCUCUAUCUGAAGUGAAGCACAUUCUGUUCAUUGUUAUCCGUUUGGUAACGUAGAGCAGGAGGCUGCCCUGUAGGUGUGUGCUUCAGCGUGGUAAGUCAGCGAGCUUUCCUCGCAUGGAGUACUGGUAGUUGUUCCAGGUCAGCGUAAAGCACCAAGCACUAUCCAUCCCCUUCCUGACAGCAGACAAAACGAAGCUCUUUUUGUAAGUUUGGCAGCAUAUAAAGUUAGUCAAGCCUGGAAAUGUUUUUUAAUCUCCAUUUCAAAAAGUCAAGUUUGUCUCGUUUAUGGGAAUCCGUUUGAAUUCAAGGCAGACCUUCAUGUUUUGCCCCUAUGUUCUGUCAAACUGGGCUUCACGUUCUUCUAAGGUAGGGGAGGAGAAGCAGCCUCAGCACACCGCAAGUUGCGUUAUAUGCUGCCAGCCAGAAUUACUCCAUUGAUAAAAAUACUGUAUUUUAUACUGUAAAUAAAGUUUAACAAUCUUGCCUAUACCUACAAAAUGCAAAGCUUAAAUAAA